UGUUUCUCAUUUUAAUGUGUAUAAUAAAACACAAAUUAAAGGGUAUAUCAUUGCAACACAUUGUUGUUAAAGUGCAGAGGUAGCAUGUUUUGAAUUAAUAUUUUCAUUAAUUAAUACUGAAGAUUUAAUGUUUUAUGGUGAAGUUUUUAUAAUUAGCCAAUUUUAUCGUGUCAUUCGUUUCGCACACCAACACAAACAAUUCCAAAAUGGCAGGAGCGACGGAUGAACUCAUUCUUUUGGAGCGGGUUUUUCUCCGCCUUGGAUCUGCAGAAACAGACGAACAACUUCAAGCUUCAGUAUGUAAAUUUUUACCUCCUGUUUUAUUGAAGCUCUCAAGUACUCAAGAAGGUGUGCGAUUAAAAGUAAUGGAGCUUUUAAUUCACAUUAAUAAAAGAGUGAAAAGUCGUCCUUUGGUUCAACUUCCUGUGGAAGCACUUUUACUCCAAUAUCAAGAUCCAGCGGCUAGUUCGUUUGUAAUUAAUUUUACGAUUAUAUACAUCAAGUUAGGAUAUCCUCGAAUGAAUAUCAACAAACAAGCAGAAUUGGUUCCAUGUAUUUUAAAUGCUAUUGAAGGAAAGCCCUUAUCUCAUCAAGACAGUUUGCUGCUUAUUAUAAUGCCAGCUUUGGCUCAUAUUAAAGUUCCAAUGGAUCCGGAUAAGCGUGGAGCUCUUCUUGGCUUACAUGACAAACCGAACGUCGCUAAACAGCUUAUAAAUUUUAUGCUCGAUAUGUUAUUACUGCCAUAUGGAACUGUGGGAAAUGUGGAGAAUCAACAGGCUGGUCAACCAAUUGAUUGGUCACAAUUUCCAGUACCACCAGGAUUAAGUACAUAUGCUUUUAAAAGAGUUAUUGGAGAAACUCCUCCAACUGCCGAGCAACUUGAGCAAACUAAAUUGGGAAUUGUGAAAUUUAUUUCGGGUGGAGUUUUCUCCGAUUCGGAUAUAUUCAUUCAUUUAAUUGUCGCUGCAGCUGACACAAGAUUUAGCGUUGCGAAUAUGGCUGAUUUAGAGCUGAAGAAAAUAAUUGGAACACUCGAUUGGUCAUCAAUGCAACUUGCUGCUCCUCUAUAUUCCCUAUUUUUGGGAACGGAUGCUUUAGCAACGCAAAAGGAAGUAAAACCAGAUAUGAAGAGAUUACCAGCCGGUACACGAAUUCGUCUUAAACUUUUAUAUUAUCUUUGUCGUGUAACUAACGCGGGUUUUAUUAUUCCUCCCUGCAUUCAAGUUGUCUUUGAUUCUCUCUAUGGAAGCAAUACUAAUCCAAAACUCAAAACAUUGGCAUUACAAUUUACAUCUAAUAUCGUUCAACAUUGUAAUCCUACAUCACUGGUUAGAGUAGCUGGUGUUAUUUUAAAUGGAAUAAUGAAAUUAAUUUCCGAAGGUGAUCCCAUGCAUAAACCAAAAGCAUACACAAUUGUCGGGCAACUUGGACAAAAAAUUCCUGCUUUAAUUAAUAAAGAUUUCAGCUUAUUGGAAAAAUUCUUUGAUACUCUUGCAGCUACUGAUGGCGAUUUAAGACACACAGUUCGAAAUGCUUUAAUCAGCAUGUCUUCUGCAUUUAUUCUUAAUAAAGAAGAUGAACAAAGUAUUGCAUUAAUGAACGCAUUAUUGUCCGUUCACAUUGAAUCGCCAGAAUCUCAUGUUAGAUUUGUUGCAGUCCAUUAUGCGGCAACUGUUUUUCCAAAUGAUGAUGCUCCAUCUCGCUAUUUACUUCUUCUUGCUAGUGGCGAUACAAUGCAGGAGGUGAGCUUGGAAGCUCUCAAAGCUUUAUAUGGUACGGCUUACAAAAAUGAGCGUGAUAAACAAAAUCUAAAAGAAAUUCCUCUACCGGAAUUCACAAAACUUAUUUCGUACGUUCAUUUAAAAGCUCAAGCAAAAAUUAAUACUUCAAAUUCUGGAAAAAAGGAUUCUAUCAUUAAAAGUUUACCAUAUAACAAUGCAGCAUUUACUGAGAUUGUUCUCUACUUGCGUUUAUCUCUAGCUAAAAGUGCCAAUAUUUCAGCGCAAGGUGAACAAAUUCAACAUCCUUGCGAACACAGUCCAUUGAUUGGACGUUAUCUUGAAAAUUUGGUAAAAGAACAGCCGGAGAUUUUUAACAAUUAUCUCAGUUUUCUCAAUAUUAAAAUUGGUCAUUCAAAGGAAGCUGAUGAAGUUUCAUUAAACGCAUUAUUGGAAAUACUUGGAACAAUGUCACCUGAAAUAUCAAAACGCUAUGAAAAAGAUUUGCCAUGGUUGAAAAAAUUACAAGGAUCAACAAAGGAGAAUUAUCGAGAAUUAAGUGCCAAAAUUUAUGCCUGUAUUGUCGCCAAUUUGCCUUUAAAUGAAUUUGAAAGUCAAGUGUCGGAGAUUGUGAAUUGCACAAAAAAUAAAGUACUUGAAAUUCAACAUGGAGCAUUAUUAGCACUUUCUUUUAUGAUCGAGCAAAAAUUAUUGUCUUUAAAGCAGACAAAUAUUGAAGAGAUUUCUAAUUUAAAAGUCUACAGUGUAGCAGUUGAAACAAUUUGUCCAUUUUUAAGUGAUAAUAAUUCGUUAUUAAUUAAUGCUGCCGCGCAAGGAAUUGGAAUAAUGGGAAAAACAUUUGGUUUACCAUUACCAGAUAAUAGUGAUAAAGGUUUUAGUAAAAUGAACAUUGUUGAGAAAUUAUUUUCUAUUUUCACAAAUUCGAAAUUGAAUAAUAAAAUAAAAGACACAGCAGUACUUGCACUUGGAUUUUUAUGCAUUGGAGAAGAAUUUCCUCAUACUAAAUUUAUUGCUGAAAAAAUUCUCACUUUCGCUAAAGACACUAAAGAUAUUGAAAUUCAUCUCACUCUAAGUGAAGCUUUAAUAUGUUGCGUUCAAGGACCAGGUUCUAUAAAUGCGAGAAAUAUUUGGAAAAUACCUUCUACUGAAUAUAAGGUUUCAUAUAGUAAAACCAGCGAUGAGCUUCUUGCUUUUGUUUUGACAAAAAUGUUCCAAAUUGUAAAAGAACCUCAUCCAAAUUUGAGACAGGCUGUAUGCAUAUGUUUGCUCUCAUUAGUAAAAUACAAUUCAGAACGAAGUUGUAUAAAGGAAAAUUUUGCAAUUCUUCAGAAUUCAUUUAUGGAUUUACUUUCAGAAAAUAAUGAAUUUGUACAAGAUGCUGCUUCGAAAGGUCUCUAUUUGGUUUAUAAUUCAAGUGGUGAAAAUAAUCGUGAAUCUUUAGUUUCCAAUUUAUUAGAACAAUUUGUUCAUGGACGAAGAGAAGGAAUAAAAGUAACAUCCGAUACAGUGUUAUUCGAAAAUAAUGAAAUGGGCAAAAGUCCAUUGGGAGGAAAUUUAUCAACGUAUCGUGAGAUAUGUUCACUCGCUUCAGAUUUAAAUAAUCCCAAAUUUAUGUAUCAAUUUUUACAUUUAGCGAAUCAUAAUGCAGUUUGGAAUUCAAAGAAAGGUGCUGCUUAUGGUUUUUCGGCAUUCGCUGCUAUUGAUACUGUUGAAUUGAAAAAAUAUUUACCAGCUAUUGUACCUAAAUUGUUUAGAUAUCAAUUUGAUCCCACUCCAAAAACUCAACAAAGUAUGGCGAGCAUUUGGCGUGCAAUUGUGCCAUCUACUAAUAAAGCUAUUGAGGAGUAUCAUAAGGAAAUUUUGGAAGAUUUGACUAUUAAUUUAACUGAUGGUCAGUGGCGAGUACGUAAAAGUUGUUGUCACGCCUUGACUGAAUUACUUCGUUCGAGUGCACCGAUUAAUUUAACUGACAAAGCACCGGAAUUAUGGAAACAAUUAUUCCGUGUAAUGGACGAUAUUCACGAGGCUACUAGAUUAGCGGCUGCAAACACUGCCAAAAUAUUCAGUCACUACUGUAUUCGUCGAUGUGAUUCAUCAUAUGGAAAAUCAGGCGAAGAAGUGUUACAAGCCGUACUGCCAGUUUUAAUAGAUAUUGGAAUAUCGCAUAAUUUAAGUGCAAUUCGAACAAUUUCAUUGCAAACAGUAUCACAACUUGUGACAGCGGCUGGUAUUUUAUUGAAACCUUCUCUAGUCAAUUUAAUACCUGCAUUAUUAAAUGCAGCUGAAGAAUUGGACAGUCCUGGUCUCAAUUAUUUUCGAAAUGCAUAUUGUACCUCACAAGAAACCCAAGAGAUUUUCGAUACUAAAAGAGCAAGCGAGGCUAAAAGUCAUUAUUCAACAGAGACAAUUACAAAAUGUAUUCCUUUCAUCGAUGCACCAAUUCUCAAAGAAUUAAUGCCGAAAGUAACUGAUAUUAUGAAAUCAAGUAUAGGACUUGGAGUUAAGGUUGCAUGUUCUCAUUUCAUUAUUCUUAUGACUUCACAUUUAAAAAUGGAAUUACAACAAUAUGCUGGUAAAAUAUUAACAACACUUCUGAACGGUCUUACUGAUCGUAAUAUAUCGAUAAGAAAAAAUAAUGCAAAUACAAUUGGUCAUGUGGUGGGUUGUGCUAAAGAUUCUAGCGUAGAGAAAUUAUUAAAUACUUUAAAUAAAUGGUACAUGGAAAGAGAAGAUGACUCUAUUCGACUUGCAAUUGGACAAACUCUUCAAUCGAUAAACAAUAAUAAUCAAGAGAUUAUUAAAACACACAUAAAAAUAGUUUUACCUUUAACAUUUUUCGCUAUGCAUGCUGAAAAAGUACAAGGAAAUGAAGCGACAAUUGAAAUUUGGAGUGAUUUGUGGUCUGAAAUUUCACCUGGUACGGAAACUGGUAUUCGACAAAAUUUAAGUGCCAUUUUAGAUAUUUUGAAAACAGCUUUGGAAUCUGCCUCAUGGACAACAAAAGCACAAGCUGCAAAUGCUGUUUCAACUGUUGCAACAAAAUUAGGAUCAAGUAUCGAUGAUAGUUCCAGAGAAAUAUUAUUAAAUAUUUUGACAAAUGGUCUACAGGGGAGAACAUGGAAUGGAAAAGAGCGUCUUCUUAAUGCUCUUUCUUUACUUGCUUGUAACAGCAAGGAAGCAUUGAAAAAAGAUAGUAAGUUAACUGAAGAAGUUUUGGGAAUUUUAUAUAAAGAGAGUAAGAAAGAAUCUUUGGAAUAUCGUAGAUUUGCUUUAAAAGCUUAUUCAGAAGUUUUACACGAGUUGGAUAUUAAUAGAUUUACUCAAAUCUAUGAUAUAGCACAAGAAGUUUUACCGAAGUUAUCAAGUAAAACUGAUGAUGAUGACGAUGAUAAUGACGUUUCAAGAAGUGAAAAUUCAAAAAAAGUUGAAGAUAAAAUGAAAUUACAAGAAACUAUUUAUGAAUCUUUAGGGAAAGCUUGGCCUUCUUGUAAAGAAACUCAAGAUAAAUACUGUUUGCAAUUUGUUACACACUGUAAUGAAAUGCUACCAAAUAGUACUCGAGUCGUUCAAGUUGCAAUUUUGACGACUUUAAAUCUUUUUGUUGAUAAACUUAUUUUAUUUAAAAUUCCGGCUUCAGAGAGUAAUCAAGAAAUGUUGGACACCGUUUAUGAGACAUUGGAAAAAAUUUUAACACAAUCCAUAAAUAUCUCAAAAUACACGAGAAUAAGAAAAGAAGCGCUAAAUAUAAUUUUAUCACUUGCACGAAAAAUGGCUGAAACAAAUAAUAGCAAACAAUUGGAAAAAAUAACAGCUCUUUUUAAGGAAUUUCUUCCUGAAUUGUCUAAAGACAAUCAACCGGAAAUUCGCACUAGAGUUGUUGAUAUUAAAACAAUGCUUAAAAUUUAAUCAACAAUAUCUCAAAUGAAGGUAAAAUUUCUUCAUAAAACAUUAUUUCCAUUUUUCAAUGUCAUAGUAAACUACGAUUGAAUUUUUAAACGUAUAUAUGAAUAAUCAAUUUUAAAUCACGUAGUCAUUCAUUUUUUUUUUUUUUUAAUUAAAUGUUGGCAACAUAAAAAUCAAUAUACUUUUUAAUUAAUA